CCCCCCCGUCCCCGCAGGACCCCGCGGGAGGCUCAGCCCCCUUUUUUAAGAGACAAAGUGGGGGACACUGAGGCCGGGUCCGCCCCCUUCCCCCCCCCCCGGAGCUGAUGCAAGCGCUGGGUGGGCCCUGAGCCCCCCCCGACCCCCUCCCGCCGCAGCGCCCUCCGGCACAAGCCCCGUAUCGCGACAGAGCGGGGCCGGGCGGGCCGCGAUUCCCGCUGACAUCAGCGGGGUGCCGGGGCCGAGCCCCCCCGCGCCCCCCCCGCCCCCGCCCCGCUGAUGCUCCGGCGCUGCCGCCGCAGCCGCGUCCGCCCGAGCGGGGGGAGCGGGGGGGGGCGGCGGGGGGGGCCGACACCGGAGAGUCCCUGAAAUCCGCCGGGGGGGCGGACUGAGCAGGAGAACGGGAUGCCGGAGGGAGCGGAGGCAGCCCCCCCGCCGAUGCCCGCGACCCCCCCGCCGAUGCCGGCCAAGGAGGAGGCCCGUCCCCCCCCCGAGGGGGCCAGCUGCGACCCCGGCCCCCCCGCCGCCGCCCCCCCCGGCUCUCCCUGCCGGCCCCCCCCGCCCGCGGACCCCCUGGACACCCGCAUCGUCAUGGGGGAGGAGACCCGCUGCCCCCCCCCCGAGCCCCGGGGGGGCCCCCCCGUGCCUUGCCCCUUCCCCGCGCCCCCCAAAGAGCCCCCCCCGGGCCGCCCCCCCGCGCUGGACCCCGAGCUGUUCUUCACGGCCCCCUCGACGCCGGUGCGGGCGGGGGGGGCCCGGCCCCCCCCCGAGGAGCCGACGGACGGGGACAGCGAGGGGCUGUGCUCGCCCCCCACGUCCCCCUCGGGCUCCUACAUGACGGCCGAGGGCGGCAGCUGGGGCUCCUCGGGCACCGCCAGCACCUCCCCGUCCUGCUCCCCCAACCUGGCGGCCGAGGCCGAAGGCCUGGGGGAGCCCGAGGGGGACCCCGAGGGCCUGGGGGGGGCCCUGCUGCUGCCCCCCGGCCUGGGGGACCCCCCGGCCUUCCCCCCGCUGUCCCCCGAGGAGGAGGAUGAGGAGGACGAGGAGGACGAGGAGGGUUCUUUUGCCCCCCCGGGCUGCGAGGAGGACGAGGAUGAGGAUGAGGAGGACGGGCAGACGCCGGAGGAGGACGAAGACGAGGAUGAGGACGAGGUGUCGGGGCUGAUCCCGGCGGCGCUGCUCCCGUUCCGGGGCAGCCUCCUGUUCCAGGCCGAGGCCGUGGAGAUCUCCCCCCGCGCCCCCCCCGGGGACGGGCAGGAGGAGGAGGAGGAGGAGGACGAAGGCAGCACCUCGGCCUCGUUCCUGCGCUCGCUGUCCGAGAGCUCCAUCCCCGAGGGGGGGGACGAGGCCUUCGCCUUCCGCGACGACACCGACGCCUCGUCCGACUCGGCCGCCUACGACGGGGACGAGGACGAGCGGCUCUACGGCACCGAGCGCCACGCGGGGGGCACGGCCACCCCCCCGGGCACCCCCCCGGGCACCCCCACCGCCCCCACGGGCACCCCCGGCAUCGAGCUCCACCUUCACGCCGGGUCCCCGUGUCACCCCCCCGCAGAGGGGACGGGCCCCGGGUCUGCGGGGACCCCCCCGGGACUGCCCAGAGGGGACACGGAGCAGGACGGCCACGACUUUGUCCCCACGCUGGAGGCGUGGUCCCCCCUGGAGCCCCCCGAGGAGGUGGCAGAAAGUUCUGGAGUGGCAGCGCCGGGACAGGGACCUCGCACGGAGCCAGCGGUGACAGUCGGUGUCCCCCCGCGCCCCGGGCUCUGCACCAGGGACCCCCAGAGCCACCGGCUGAGGGGGACCAACGGGGAGCCCCGGGACAGCCCUGGGGGUGACAGCGACGGUGACAGUGACCUUGAGCUCGGCACAGGGAGAGCAGGGAGCACUGAUGGCCACGGUGAGCCGGACACCACGGCCACCAGCCUGGGGACAUCGGUGACACCGAUCCCCUGGGAUGAGACGGACACUGCGGCCACUGAGGAGGUGGCACCAGUGACACCUGGACUGGGGGACACUGCGGAGACUGACCUGGGGACAUCAGCGACACCUGAGCUGGACACCGACCUGGAGACACCGGUGACCCCCAGCCUGAUGGACACCAUGGCUGCUGACCUGGAGACACCAGUGACCCCCAGCCUGAUGGACACCAUGGCCGCUGACCUGGAGACACUGGUGACCCCCAGCCUGAUGGACACCAUGGCUGCUGACCUGGAGACACCAGUGACCCCCAGCCUGAUGGACACCAUGGCCACUGACCUGGUGACACCCGUGGCACCAAUCCUCCUGGAUGAGAUGGACACGGUGGCCACCAGCCCGGUGACACCCAGCCCGCCCGGUGAGCCAGACACUACGGUCACUGCCAUGGUGGCACCGGUGACACCAACCCCUCUGGGUGAGCCAGACACUGAUCUGGGGACACCGGUGACACCCAGCCUGAUGGACAGCACGGCCACCGGCCCAGUGACACCCAGCCCACCAGACACUGUGGCCACUGAGCUGGUGACACUGGUGACAGCCAGCCCGUUGGAUGAGCUGGACACUGUGGCCACUGACAUGGUGACACCAACCCCCCUGGAUGAGCCGGACACUGCAGGCACUGCAGUGGUGACACCAGUGACACCCGACCUGAUGGACAGCACGGCCACUGACCUGGUGACACCGGUGACACCAACCCCCCUGGAUGAGAUGGACACUGUGGACACUGACCUGCUGACAACGAGCCCCCCUGAUGAGCUGAACACGGUGGCCACCAACUUGGUGACACCAACGCCACUGGACGCUGUGGCCACUGACCUGGUGACACCAGUGACAGCAAGCCCACCAGAUGAGAUGGACGCUGCAGCCACUGACCCGGUGACACCGGUGACUCCCAGCCUGCUGGACAAGAUGGACACUGUGGACGCUGCCCUGGUGACACCGGUGACAUCCACCCUGAAGGAUGCUGUGGCCACUGAUGUGCUGACAUCAGUGACACCCACCCUGAUGGACACUGUGGCCACCAACCUGGUGACACCAACCCCACUGGAUGAGAUGGACACUGCAGCCACUGCCCCAGUGACACCAGUGACCUGCAGCCUGAUGGACACCGGGGACACCGAGCCAGUGACACCAGUGACACCAACCCCGCUGGAUGACGCGGCCACUGACCUGGUGACCCCCAGCCCAGUGGCCACCACAGCCAGUGCCCCAGUGACCCCCAGCCCGGUGGCCACCAUGGCCAGUGCCCCGGUGACCCCAGUGACCCCCAGCCUGGUGGCCACCACAGCCAGUGCCCCAGUGACCCCCAGCCUGGUGGCCACCACAGCCAGUGCCCCGGUGACCCCGAGCCCCCCGCCCCAGCCCGUGUCCCCUGUGGUGCUGGCAGCUGAGAUGACCCUGUCCCACGAGCCCCCGGCUCCCCUCCCGUGUCCCCUGUCACAGGGGUCACUGUCACAGCCCCCCGGGGAGGUCCCCGAGCCCCCCGAGGGGUGGGGGGACGUGGCCACCACCUCGCCCGAGGGCUCGUCCCUGGAGCCACCGGAUGCAUCUCGCUCCCGCCCCGACUCCAGCCUCGACAGCACCAGGGAGGGCCCCCCACCCUCCCCCGGGACCCCCAGCCCCCCACACUCCCCCGGGACCCCCAGCCCCCCACACUCCCCCGGGACCCCCAGCCCCCCCUGCACCCUCGGGGAGCCACUGGAGGAGGAAGAGGCAGAAGAGAAGGGGGGGGAGGAUGAUGAGGGUCCCGCGGCCCCCCCGCCCCUGUUCACGGCCUCGGAGCGGGAGGUGUUUGUGGGGACCCCCCCGGCCCCCCCCGAGCUGCUCCCACCACCCGGUGCCUUUUCGGGGUGCGGGGCCGGCCCGGGGGUCACCGCCCUGCCCCGGGGGGCCCUCGAGGACCUGCCCCCGCCCCUGCAGGAACCCCCCACCCCCCGGCCGGGCCCUGAGCCCCCCGGCCCCAAUGAGGGGGGCACCGAUGCCAAAGUCCUGGGGGAGGGUGGUCCCCCAAGCCCCCCCGGCCCCCCAAGAUCCCCCCCAGCUCCCCCUGAGCAGCAGCAGCAGGAGGAGGAGGCGGUGGGGGGGGUCUCCUCCAGCCCCCUUCCCGCCGUGGGGGCUCAGCAGGGGCCCCCCCAGGAGCCGACCCCCCCCGAGCCCCCCCGCCCUGCGCCCCCCAAACUCAGCCAAGUGCCUCCUCCCGCCGCCGUGUCCCUGCUGGCCCCGGCCCCCCCCGGGCCCCUCCCCGGCCAGGAGCCCCCCCCGGGGCUGCCCCCCUCCAGGAAGCACCUCGAAGCCCCCCAGCCCCCCCCGCAGAAGGAGCCGGAGCCCCGGGGCCGAGCAGUGGGGCCGGGGGCUGGGGGGGGCCGGGGGCCCCCCCGGGGGUCUCUGCAGUCCGAGUCGAGCUCGUCCAGCGAGGCUGAGACCCCCCGGGCCGACCCGGCCCCCCAGCGCUGCCAGCCCAACCACCGAGGGUCCGGGAACGAGUCCGAGAGCAACGACGAGUCCAUCCCGGAGCUGGAGGAGCCCGAGGGCUCGGAGCCGCCCCCCGCCCAGCCCCAGGUGCCCCUGGGCCACGCGCUCGGCCCCGGAGAGGAACCGCUGAGCAAGGCCAAGCAGAGCCGGAGCGAGAAGAAGGCCCGGAAGGCCAUGUCCAAGCUGGGGCUGCGGCAGAUCCACGGCGUCACCCGCAUCACCAUCCGCAAGUCCAAGAACAUCCUGUUCGUCAUCUCCAAGCCCGACGUGUUCAAGAGCCCCGCCUCCGACAUCUACAUCGUCUUCGGGGAGGCCAAGAUCGAGGACCUGUCCCAGCAAGUGCACAAAGCGGCGGCCGAGAAGUUCAAGGUGCCGCUGGAACACUCGGCCCUGGUGACAGACACGGCCCCUGCCCUCGCCAUCAAGGAGGAGAGCGAGGAGGAGGAGGAGGUGGACGAGACGGGGCUGGAGGUGCGGGACAUCGAGCUGGUGAUGGCCCAGGCCAACGUGUCCCGCCCCAAAGCCGUGCGGGCCCUGCGGCACAACAACAACGACAUCGUCAACGCCAUCAUGGAACUGACCAUGUAGCGGCCGGGGCUGGCCUGGCCCCCCUGUAUAGAUGCACAGAGCCCCCCCAGAUCCUUCCUCCUGCCCCCCAUCCUCCUCCUCCUCCCCUGGACCGCUCAAUAAAGGCCUCCUGCACCCCUUGGAUCGCA